UUGGACAAUGCAGUCGACCAUAAUUUUUACGGAAGUAUACAUGAUGAUCGAGAAUAUAUUUGCGUAGCCAAGAACUCGGCGAGUUCAAAAACCCUGAGAUACAGUGUAACUGUAGUUAGUUCUGAACCCGGUUGGGAGCAAGCAUUGAUUAUUGGGGGGAGUUUCGCACUUGGAUUAUUAGGACUUUUAGCGAUUCCUGCAAUGUACUUAAUUUACAGAAUGCGAGCCAAGAGGAACCGACUUCUUCGCGAGAUAUAUCAACAAUUUAAAUACGGACAAGAAUCAACCGACCCUGCCCAAAGUACCGACCUAAUUAGUACAUUCAAUCCAGAUGCUUCCUCGUAUUUGUCUCGUUCGGAAUAUGUCAUCUAUCAAGGCGCAAUUAAUCUUCCUUUUCCGAAAGCACUGGAAAUUUUACCCGACCGUUUGGAAAUUAUAGAGUCUGCAGUUUUAGGAAGUGGAGCAUUUGGUAUUGUUUUCCAAGGAAGACUUGACAGCAGAAUUACAAUCGCUGUGAAAACUGUUCCUAAAGAUGCUGAUGAGUCUAAAUUGGCUGCCUUGUUAUCAGAAGUAAAAAUAAUGAGUUUUGUUGGACGACAUCCUAACAUUGUCCAACUACUGGGAGUACAGUUCGUAGAUUUGAAGAAAGGCAUUGUAUACGUUGCCGUGGAGUUUUCUUCCCGUGGAUCCCUCGAGGGCGUGCUCCAGGCAAACCGUCGUCAAUUAGGAAUGGCACAAUCAUACCUUGGAAAAAUAUAUAAUAUUCCCGGGUAUAUUGGUUUACGACUGGUCGAAAGACCUUUUCAACUAUAUCAGUUGCUAAAGUUUUCUCAUCAAGUUUGUUGCGCUAUGGAGUUCCUUGCGUCAAAAAGGAUAAUUCACGGUGAUCUGGCUGCACGGAAUGUGCUACUGGAUUCCAACUUCAAUGCUAAGAUAUCGGACUUCGGCUUAUCCAGGCAAAUGUAUGACACAUACAAAAAAUACGUUGUUGCAACGAAGGAAACUGCGAUGCCUUGGAGAUGGUGUGCCAUAGAAAUUUUAAAACAUCAAAAAUUCUCGAUUGAAUCUGACAUCUGGGCCUACGGGAUUUUUGUGUGGGAGGUUUUCAGUCUUGCAGAAAUUCCUUACACUGCAGGGAUAACUUGGGGACCUGAAUUCGUUAGAUACUUGGAAAGAGGGUUUAGACUCGAAAUUCCACCCUAUGCAAAUCAAGAGAUAUACCAACUGAUGAAGAAAUGCUGGGAGGGACAACCGUCAAAGAGGAUAAGUUUCCAACAACUAUCAAUUCAAAUUUUGACUUUGCUGGAGGCUGAAUAUAAAAAACAAUAUUAAAAGAAUUGAUUUCUUGUCAGCUUUACAUAGAUAUAUGUAAAUGCAUAUAUUUAAAUACUAGUAUAUGCGUCCCAACUAUAAAAAUUCAUUACAAUUUAUAUCAAUAAGUGAAAAAUAUCCUCUUUAUUUAUCCAUCAAAGUU